UUAGAAGCACUACAAGAACUUGUGCAAAUUAAACCAGAUAUUAAAGGAAAAGAAAUAUAUUUCUUUCCAACAUUAAAAAAAUAUUUUAAAGGACAUAGAUCAGCAUUAGCAACAAUUUUUUUGGAACCUAAUCCUACUUGUCAAUCAAUUGCAUCUAUUUUGUGUGAAACAAAUUACGAACCAUAUUGGAAAACAGUAUUAUUAAUAAAUGCACAGGAUAUUCUUUUAAAUAUUAAAGAAAAAAUAUUACCUGGAAAAGAGUUUUCUGGAACUGCAAUACAAGAAAUAAAUGAGGGUUUGGAAUUUAAAUUUGCAAUGAAAGAUGGACAACCUGAAAAAAAAUUAAUAAUUUUUUCUAAAAACGGAUUACAUAGUUAUGAAAUUCAUAUACUUAAUAAAAUAGUACAAGAUAUUUAUCUUCCUUUUUCAAUUAAAGCAAUGAAAAGAACAAUUGAUGACAUAAUUAAUAUUAUUCGUUAUGUUUUUUCUGUUAAAGUAUGUUGUGGACAAAAUACAGCUG